CGGGGGAUGUGACCGGGAGCCGUUAAUCUGGGGAUUGGGAGCGCUACCCCCGCUCCUCCCGCCGCCCCGGGGCGUGAUUGGAGACGGGGCCGGCGGCGGGACCAUAAAAAGGGCUGCGGGCGGCGGUGCCCGCUCCGGGCCGGGCCAGGAGGCGGCGGCGGCGGCGAUGCCAGGGCGGGCGGAGCCGUCGGGGGGACGCGCGGCUGCGGCGGGGACCGUACCGGUGGCCGCACCGGUGGCACCGGCAGCGCGACCGGGCGGCGCGGGGCUGCGGGCCAAGGGCUUCGCCAUCACCGACCUGCUGGGGCUGGAGGCCGAGCUGCAGCCGCCCCCCGGGCCGCUCCCCGCCGCUGGCUACGAGGGUGGCGGGGCGCUGGGGCUGGGGCUGGGGCUGCUCUGCGGGCUGGGGGCUCCCGGAGCCCCGCGCCUGCUGCCGGCUCCGCUGCCGCUGCUGCCCGCCCGCGGCCCCCGCCCGGCCCCGGGGCCGCCGCCCGCCGCCCGUCGGCACAAGGAGAACAUCUCCGAUGAGGACAGCCUGUGCGGGGACGGCAGCGAGCUGAAGAUGUCCACCUCCCAGAUCAAGAGGAAGAAACGCCGGCACAGGACGGUGUUCACAGCUCACCAGCUGGAGGAGCUGGAGAAGGCUUUCAACGAAGCUCACUACCCUGACGUCUAUGCCCGGGAGAUGCUGGCUGUGAAGACGGAGCUACCGGAGGACAGGAUACAGGUUUGGUUUCAGAACCGAAGAGCCAAGUGGCGGAAGAGGGAGAAGUGCUGGGGACGGAGCAGCGUGAUGGCCGAGUACGGCCUCUACGGGGCCAUGGUGAGGCACUCCAUCCCUCUGCCCGAGUCCAUCAUCAACUCUGCCAAGAGCGGGCUGGUGGGGUCCUGCGCCCCAUGGCUGCUGGGCAUGCACAAGAAGUCCAUGGAGGUGAGCAGGAAGGCGGAGAGCCAGGAGAAGCUGGCAGAUGCCUGGCGAGCGGAGCAGCAGGAGGAGGAGGAACUCAAAGGGAAGCAGGCCAGUUCCCAGAGGGGCUCUGACAAGCUUGGCCCAGCAAAGGAUUCGGAGGACACAGCCAUCGACCUCUCCAGGACAGCCAAGCACGAGAAGAGGGGUGUGCUGAGGCAGUGCAUCAAUGGGGACCCCCCCACGGAGCUGAGCAGCAGGGACCACUGACCAGCUCCCUGCUGAGAUAAGAAUACUUAUUGCUUUAUUGCUAUAUAUAUAUAUUUUUUCCUUAAAUAAUUGAACUUUUCUCUGAAUUCAGGGCAUUUCAAAACUGGGCACACACAUCCUUGUCCCCUCACAUUGUUCUGGAGCCAGGGUGGAGGGUGGGAGGGGUGUCCCAGCGGGACCAGGAGCAGUGUGGAAAUGAGAGCACGUUGUGGUCAGCAUGGACCACUGCCAGGGACGAGCUGCCCUUCCCCUCUGGGCUCCGACCACUUCCUGGCUAGCCAGGAGCACAAGGAGCAGCAAUGCAAUAGGAGCGGCUUCCCUGCUCCGACACACGGGUGCAAAGUGCAGGAGGUGACAGACACCUUUUCCACGCGCUUCCACCGUGUGGAAGUUGCUCUGAACACCAGCUCUUCCCUCUCCAGGAGCAGCAGGUUUGAAACGCGGCUGGGUUCAUCCUCAAGCUGGUGUAACCUGACAGGCG